AUGACACCCAUAGCAGCUUAUCUCAACACUGGAGAACUUCCAAAUGCCAGGAACGAAGCUUGGGAAAUGAUGAGAAAGAUUGGACGGUAUAUCAUAGUUGAAGGUGUGAUUUAUAAAAGAGGUUUUUCCAUGCCAUUACUUAGAUGUGUAAUAAAAGAAGAGGAUGCAAAACUCCUGCCCGAGAGAUUUUCAAAGAUUCCCCGUGCACCGCCCAAUGAGCUAAUACAGAUGCAAAGUCCUUGGCCUUUUGCUAUAUGGGGAAUAGACCUGAUCGGACAUUUGCCCAAGAUGUUUACAGAUUUCUGUGUGACACAUGGAAUCAUAAAAAGUUUCUUCGCAGUGGCACACCCUCAAACAAAUGGUCAAGUCAAAGAAGUCAAUAAGACACUCAAAGACACCAUGAAAAAAUUGCUCAAAGAAGCCAAAGGGAAUUGGCUAGAGGAACUACUUGAAGUAUUGUGGUCAUACUGA